CUCCUUCCUAAUAUGACAGAACAUAAAACUACCUUUCCCAUAGUGUCCCGUGCCUUACUCAAGACUUCCGGGGUGCCUGCUAAGAACUACUAUUCCCACAAUGCCCCACGCUUUCGACUUUGAUUGGGCCAGGGGGAGGAGCUAGCAAAAGGAGAACUACAUUUCCCAAGCUGCCUCGUGCUGAGGCGGGAGAAGAGAGAGGGGCUCUCUUUGGGCCUGGACAGAACCGAGGAAAUAUGAGUCCGGCGGCGGUGGGAGUAGGCCCGGCUGAGUCCGGGCUUCGCCUCCGUCGGGGCCGAGGCAGGAUGAAGGCUCCCGGGACUGCAGUGUCAGGGCCGGAGCUUGCUGCCGGGGAUGGCGGCCUAUGCCCUAAGCUGACUCCACAAUCGAAACCAAAGAUUCCCGAGCAGGUCAUGGGGUGGGUCCUGCUGGCCGCAGUCACCACGCUGGCCUUCGCCACUCGCUUCCACCGGUUGCACGAGCCGGCGCACGUCUGUUGGGAUGAAACUCAUUUUGGAAAAAUGGGAAGUUACUAUAUCAAUCGUACCUUUUUCUUUGAUAUUCACCCACCUCUGGGAAAGAUGCUCAUAGGACUUGCUGGUUACCUGAGUGGUUAUGAUGGCACCUUUCCUUUCCAGAAGCCUGGGGACAAAUACAAACAUCAUAAUUAUAUUGGGAUGAGAGGGUUGUGUGCUUUCCUGGGCUCCUGGUUGAUUCCCUUUGCCUACCUCACUGUGCUAGAGCUAUCUAAGUCCCGGCCAGCAGCCUUGCUAACUGCUGCCUUGUUUACCUUUGAUACGGGAUGCCUUACUUUGUCACAGUACAUACUUCUGGAUCCCAUCCUCAUGUUCUUUAUCAUGGCUGCAAUGCUGAGCAUGGUUAAGUAUAACUCCUGUGCAGAUAGGCCCUUCUCUGUCUCUUGGUGGUUCUGGCUCAGUUUGACAGGAAUCAGUCUUGCUGGUGCUUUAGGGGUCAAAUUUGUUGGCCUCUUUAUUGUCCUCCAUGUAGGAUUGAAUACAGUUUCAGACCUUUGGCAGCUGCUGGGAGACCUUAAUCUUACAAUGGUAACACUGGGAAAACAUUUGGCAGCUCGGAUCUUGUGCCUCAUUGUGUUUCCUCUUAUUCUCUAUACUGCCAUAUUUGCAGUUCACUUCCUUGUAUUGAAUAAAAGUGGCCCUGGUGAUGGCUUUUUUAGUUCUGCCUUCCAGUCUCGGCUGUUAGGGAACAACCUUCACAAUGCUUCCAUUCCAGAACAUCUGGCAUAUGGAUCUGUGAUUACAGUGAAGAAUCUCCGAAUGGCCAGUGGAUACCUCCAUUCACAUUGUCACCUUUAUCCAGAAGGAGUUGGUGCACGUCAGCAGCAGGUAACUGCCUAUCAGCACAAGGAUUAUAACAACUUGUGGAUUGUGAAGAAACAUGAUGUCAAUACAGAUCCUCUGGAUCCUUCUUUCCCAGUGGAGUUUGUGAAACAUGGAGAUAUCAUUCGGCUGGAACAUAAAGAGACUUCUCGAAACCUACAUAGUCAUCAGCAUGAGGCCCCAAUGACCCGGAAACAUUAUCAGGUCACUGGCUAUGGUGUAAACGGGACAGGGGAUUCAAAUGAUUUCUGGAGGAUUGAGGUGAUGAAUAGGAAAUCUGAGAAUCGGAUCAAGGUCCUGAGGAGUCAGAUUCGACUCAUUCAUCUGGCCACGGGCUGUGUCCUGGGUUCCUCAGGGAAGACAUUACCUAAAUGGGGCUGGGAACAGCUGGAAGUGACCUGCACUCCAUACUUGAAGGAGACUCCUAAUUCUGUCUGGAAUGUGGAGGACCAUAUCAAUCCCAAAUUGCCAAACAUCAACUUGGAUGUCCUGAAGCCCAGUUUUGUGGAGAUCCUACUGGAGUCCCACAUGGUUAUGAUCCGGGGGAAUAGUGGUCUCAAACCCAAGGAAAAUGAAGUCACUUCAAAGCCUUGGCAUUGGCCUAUCAACUAUCAGGGCCUACGUUUCUCAGGAGUCAAUGAGACUGACUUUCGGGUCUAUUUGCUUGGAAAUCCAAUCAUCUGGUGGUUGAAUCUGGGGAGCAUUGGCCUUUACCUUCUCCUGGGAAGCCUCACUACUGUGUCUAUGCAAAGAGGAAUUCAACUCACGGCAGAAGUGAAAGGUCUCUGCCAGGUCCUGCUGCGUGGAGGAGGUCAGGUCUUGCUGGGCUGGCUACUCCAUUAUUUCCCUUUCUUCAUGAUGGGCCGGGUACUUUAUUUUCAUCACUAUUUUCCAGCCAUGCUAUUCUCCAGCAUGUUAACAGGGAUUCUGUGGGACACAAUCCUCAGGUUCUUUGCCUGCUAUGUGUCACCUUUUCCUCUGGCUAACUGGGUGCAUAUAUUUGGGAUCUCUCUUCUGAUUCUGGGAAUUGCCUAUAGCUUCUACCUCUUCCAUCCUCUGUCUUAUGGAAUGGUUGGUCCCCUGGCUCAGGACCCUCAAAGUCCAAUGGCAGGACUAAAGUGGUUAGAAACAUGGGAGUUUUAGAGCCAGAGAAUGCCAGCCCCAAAGGAUCCAGGAACUGUGUGCAGGGAUGAUCAAAUGGAACUACUUCUUUCUUGUGGGACAGCAGCUAUGGAAGCAGCUACUUCAGAAGAUCCCAAAAAGAUUACUGCAGAUAUCCAGGAGGAAGCUACCCAAAAAGAUGAGCCCUUGGAAUAAUUUCAGCCUUUUGGCCUUUUGGUUUUUCAGCCUUUUUGGUUUGGGUCAGAGGCUCCAUUUUCAAUUUCAGUAGCUUUUGCCAUCAGCACUUUUUGGUUGGAGAUACUUAAGCAAUAUAUCAGAUCUCCUUUUAGCCCCAUUUGUCUGGGAUUUGUGCUACAAGGGAACAAAGAGUGAGGACAAAAGAAAAGUAGGGGUAGAUGCUCGUGUGCGUGUGUGUGUAUGUGUGUAUGUACCACAUAUAUAUAUUUUAGGGGAGCAGAUGUGAUGCAUUUGUCUUUAUACUAUGGACCCAGCCUAGGUGAUUGGACAGUUCAAUGUCGUAAACAUUUAGGAACAAAAAUAGUUCAGUUAGUUGCCUAUUCUCAUUUUUUUCCCCACACUGGAUUUUUUUUUUCCCUAUUGGAAAAAAAGAUGAUUCUGGGUAUGAUCUAUUACUGGAACCUAGGCAGUUCUUAAAAAGGUUGCCAACCAGAGAAAGAGUUUCUGUGAUUCAACAUCUCUGCCCCAACUUUUGGCAUGGCUCAGACAGAAAAGAUGGGGAUUGUCAAAGUUGUAUUAACCUUGUUCCCACAAACCAGUUAAGAAACAAGAAUCCCUAGAUCUCUUCCUCCAUCCUAGUUGCACUGCUAUCAAUCCUAACUGGAAUCGGUCUUCCAUUUGGAAAGUCUUCAGUGGCAGCUGGGUCCUUGAUUUCUUGUCUGGAAAAGUGACAUGAGCUCAGUGGGCCUGGGGAAUGAGGGGGCUGUAUGCUUGCUCUCUGCUAUUUUAGCCCCUGAUCUCUGGCCCUUUGAGACUCUCAAGCAUUUCCAGAUCAGCAAGAGAUGCCGAGUCCUGUCUUUGCACGUCGCCCCAAGGUCCUUUUGGCUGAAGGCCACUUCCAUCUGCCCAUCCUUUCCCCACUACAGAAUGUCUGGCAAAUGGAAGGCAAGGAUAGAAGUCAUACUCUUCUCACAGUUGAGUCAAUCUCCUUCUUGUUAACUGUGUAGUCAGGAGAGGUGGGAGGGAGAACUUUAUUUGAAAUCUGAACCAGAGAAACCUUGGACAUACUCCAGCCGAGUAUAUGGGGAGUAAGUGGAGUGCUGGGUCCGUGUUCCCAUCACCUGCUGCUUUUUCCUUGUCUUGGCAUCUUCAUAGUAUUUUUCCACACAGAACCUGGAUGCUUUCUUUCUGUCACUAUUUUCCAUUCCCCAAAAAGCCGAGAGUACUUCUAUCUUUUGUGAUCCAGAAGGCGGUUUUCCCCCAGAGAUCUGUGACACUUUUCUUUGUCCCUGACUUGAUGAUCCAGAGCAAACUGUGUGGUUCUCCUCCUCCUCGUCCCCCUGCUUGCCCUGCCACUGCCUGGUUUUCCCCAGUGAGAGAGAACAGAACAAGCCCUGGGCUAAUACCAAUCCAAACCAGUCCCCAGGAUCUCUGUCUAUUAGAUUCUGCUCUUCCCAAGCAUUACUCAAUAUGCCUCCCUUUAAUUUUGGGCACAGUUUAAUGCCUCCAUGUUUAAACAUGAGCCUCUGCCACACUCCAUUGCUGCCUCCCCCCCUCUCCCCAGGCAAUUCCACUGACUGAUGGGGUCAUGGGCUCUUUGGAACAUCAUUGGGAGUAGGUUGCCAUGGAAAUAGAAAUAGGUCCUAGGGACUGGCUGAACGGCCUGGGGGACGGAGGGGGGUGAGGGUGGGCCAUGCAGGGCCUCUUGGUGGUUCAGCCUGACUGUCAUUAAUGCUAAUAGAGGAAAUGCAGCAAUGUCAAAAUCGAGGCAGGUUGGCUAAUUAGAUCUGGUGCCUGAUAACCUCUCCCUCUGAGUGGCUUCGGCUCGCCAUACUUCCCCCAGCAGGAAGCGCUGCGUGUGUGCCCUGAGCCUGGGCUGCUUUCUUAAUUGCAUUUGUUGAAGGGAAGGAGAAGAGAGAUGGAGAGACUCAGCGUACCACCACCCCAGGAAAGCCUGAUUUCUUGUGAGCCUUGUAACGGUAUCCACUGUGCCUCUUAUUUGGAGGCAGAGAGAGGGAGGGGUCCUCUAGUCCUUGGGUUCAUGAAAAAGGAUGUUACUGGCCAAUAAGAAGGUAUUCACCGACCUGACAGCUCUGUAGUCUAGAAGGGCUUGGGGGAUAAGGUCUCACUUGGCAUGAAGCAGUCAUUUCUAAUUUGAAAAUAAAUGAACAGACUAGAAAUAGUCUGAACAAUAUGCUUUGCUUCUCUUUUCUGCUCCUGAUUUUCCAUGGAUUUCAGUGAGUUUUAUACUCCUAAUAGGACUUGGGCCUCUUUGGAAAUGAUAGCUGCAUCUGAUUGAAAGUAGAAUACUUUUCUUUUCUCUUACCCACUUCUUGUCUUUUCAAGUGUGCAUAAUAAAGUACUGGCCCAACAUAAGUUUCUCAAUAUUUGAGAAGAACAGCAGGGGCAUUGAUAAACCCAGAGUGUCCAGAUAUGUGUUAUAUCCACAUUAAUAGGAUAAUGACUGAGUUGCUGUGUGCUCCAUAGAUUCAGAGUCUCUUUUAAAAACUGAUUCACUCCAAGCCCCAGGUUUGUUUCUUAAGGUUUUGUUUCCAUUCUCAAUUUCUCAGAAUGUUUUGUUCCUAGGAGUGUUCAGUGUGAAAACAUAAGUAUAAUUACAUGUGAUCUGUAUCUAUGAGUGAUCAUGGAGAGAGCAUUUUGUUUGUCUUUUCUUUCCUAUUUAUUGCUACUGAGAAGAAAACAUGCCUCUGCCACAAAUCUUGCUUUCCAAAGGCAAGAAUUGCAAAGUUCCUACUCAUCUUCUUCAUUCUCUAGAUUCCUGUGAGAAGACAUAGCCUUGAGGAAUAAAGUCUUGCUACUUGGGUUGGACUUGAAAGUGUCUGUCUCUCUGUAUUUGAAUCUGGAACAGUUUACCUAAUUUUUCUUUUUAAGAUAAUAGCAACAAAUAUCUAUUCUCCUUAAAUUUGAGGGGAACUAGGGAGUUGGCUCCCUUUCAGUCAAACUCUUGAGAAUUUCCUUAGGUUUGAUAACAUAUUUUGUAAAAAGGCUUCUAAGAAAGCACCAGUGGCUAAUUUGGCCAUUUAAUUUUGUAAUAAACAAAAAUUUGGUCAUUUGAUUUUAUAAAUAAAAACAAAACUGUUUUGAAUACUA